AUGUCUGCGUUUUCGAAGUUCCUUCUUUUCACUCUGCUAGGGCUCAGCAAUGCCCAAUUAAUCGGCCCAGUCGGCCCAACAACAGCCCUGAAGGACAAAACCAUUGAAUGCAACGUCCUCGACUACGGUGCUGUUGCUGAUAACGCGACGGAUAUUUCCACUCCUCUGGAGACAGCCUUUACCGAAUGCGUCCUCAGCCACCCCGGAAGUCGUCUUGUAGUCCCAGAAGGUGACUACUUGAUCAAUCGGAGCGUGGUUCUGAGCAACGCAACGAGUUGGGCAUUUCAAUUGGACGGCCUCAUUACCGCCGCGUACGGUGGCAACUGGACAGUUGAUCGUGAGUUGCUUCUCCAAGGCUUUGCUGGGAAAGCCUUGAUCAACGAUACUAUCAAUGGAGAGGGUGACCAUAUAUUCUUGUUAGAUGUGCUUGUUAUCGUCAAUGCUGUGGACUUUGAAUUCUAUUCAUCAAAUGGUCUGGGGGCGAUACAGGGGCAGGGCUAUAUCUACAGAAAUCUGGACAACACCGACCGGCCUCGACUAGUUCGACUCUUUUCUCCGACAAAUGCCUCAGUUCAUGAUUUGAUUCUCGUCGACAGUCCAAAGUUUCAUAUAGUUCUCGAUUUCGCGGUGAAUGUGGAGGCGUAUCACUUGACUAUACGCGGUGCGAAUCUUGGGAGCUAUGAUGGAAUUGAUGCUAUCGGCACCAAUUAUCACAUCCAUGACAGUGAAGUGACAAAUCGCGAUGAAUGUGUCUCAGUCAAAAGCCCUUCUCAUUUCGCUCUCGUUGAGAACUUGGUUUGUAACCAGGCUGGCUCAGGGGUGUCAAUUGGCAGUCUCAAUGUAUCUGCCGAGAUAUCAAAUAUCGAAGCCAAAAAUAUCAGCAUCAUCCAAGGAAACAACAUUGCAUUUAUCAAAACGUAUCCUGGUGGAUCGGGCUACGUGACCAACGUCACAUUCUCCAACUUUAGGUCCCUUAAUAGUCUAUACGGACUGGAUAUCAACCAAUACUGGCAGAACACUUUCGAGCCCGACACUGGAUCUGUUACUCUGAGCAAUCUGGUAUUCCGAAACUUCUCCGUUGUAGAUGGAGCACUACGCCCUCCUCUCUACCUCGUCGCUAGCGAUCUGACAUUCGCAACCAAUGUAACCGUGGAAGAGUUUACAGUCUGGACUGAAACAGGCACGGAUAUUGUCAACAAGAUCAGUAAUGUUUUCGGCACCGGUGAUGAUAGCUAUGGUCCCAAUGACGGCAUUGCGUCGUUGCAGCCUGGGCAAUCACUAUACACAUACACAUCGACAUACGCGGUUACCGCUACUCCGGCUAAUUGGCAACUUCCGACGACGCCAACGUGGGCGGCUCCUAGUACCGGUUACGGAACUGCGUCGCCUAUACCUGUCUAUAGCCCAGCUCCUCUCUGGCGUGCCGGUGGGGUUGAUUAUGAUUUGCAUUACUGGGGGAGCUUCUAA